CACCGGCACUCACCGGCCGACUCUUCGGGAAACUGGAACUUCGGAAUCAGCUCUGUAACUGAGCAAUUAAGUGCCGCAUCGCGUUCGUUUGUGAAUGUUUUUUGUGGAGCUGCCUUGCGCAAUAAACGAAUGCCUUAACUCGGUAUACGAAAAUGCACACAAGUGGCCGAGCUGGAGCUGCGCGGAGCUCGGUGGUGGAGAUUCGUGCUUUCAGAUUGGUAACAACGGAAAGCGGUCGUGCUGGGCGCGGUACGUCAUUAAUAUGGAUCAAUGACACGCACCUCAUAGAUAAUGGAAUAUACAAAACUGUAUUUGCGCAUUUGAAACUGUUUGUAAGUAAACGACCAGUUCACUGUUAAUAAAAUGCACCGAUAUGUACUGGAUUUAUCCUUUCUAAGACGCUGUGGAGCUAUUCAAAGAGAAAAGUGAUUCGUUUCUAUUACGAGAAACGAGCAUAUAAUUCCUGGCACUCGGAUCAACUACGCAUUUAUGGAAAUUGGGUCUCUCAGAUGGCAUGAAACUGCAAAGACGUGACUGAAGGACCUGAUGAGAUUCAACGCAACGAUUCAUCAUUUCAGUUAUCCAGCUGCGUGGGUUGAAAACUGAUGCUCCGGUUCUCUGAUGCUGAUGCUGGGUCAUCGCCCUUGCGCUGUUGCUGCAUUCUAGGAUGUUGCGACAAGUAUUGCACGAAGGGCUCAGGACGUCAUUCCACAAACUGGGCCACUUUGUCGCCAAUCACCCGGUGUUUUUUGCCUCCGCGCCCGUGCUGAUCUCCAUCCUGCUGGGCGCGAGCUUCAGCAGAUACCGCAUAGAGGAAAACGUGGAGUUCCUGUUAGCCCCCAAACACAGCCUGGCGAAGAUCGAGGGGAACUUGGUGGAUAGUUUGUUCCCCGUAAACCGAUCCAAGCACACGCUAUACUCGGAUUUGCAAACACCCGGCAGAUAUGGCCGGGUCAUCGUGACUUCGCGCAGGGGGAGCGUGUUGGACCCUCACCACGUUAACUCUGUCCUAAAGCUACACAACACAAUCACUCAGAUCCAGGUUCCUAUGCUGGGAUUCAACUACACCUUUGCCCACCUCUGCCUGUUGGAUGACAGCAAGAGCUGCAUCGUGGAUGACAUCCUGCGGGUUCUGGAGGAGAUGAGAUCAGCACGGGCAUCCAACCGCUCAGUCCCAAUUCUGCGUUACCCUAUCACCAAACUCAAAGAUGGGCGGGAGGCCUAUAUUGGGCACCAACUGGGCGGAGUCCUGGCAAGCGGAGGGAGAGACGGGGUACGUUCUGCUCGAGCCCUUCAACUCACAUACUACCUACAAGCAGCCAGCCCACUGAACGAUGUGGUAGCAGCCACCUGGGAGCUGCUGUUCUGCAAAGAAUUGGAAAACUUUGGGAAGGAUCAUCCAGAGCUUAGCCUAUACCCCUUCACUUCCUCUUCUCUUCAGAGGGACUUCCAAAGGACCAGUCGGGUAUCAGAAAGACCGCUGCUCUUUAGCCUGGCUGUGUGCCUCUCGCUGGCCAUGCUGUGCUGCUCAAUGCGAGACUGUGUGCGUACAAAGCCUUGGCUGGGUCUUCUAGCUCUGGUGACUGUCAGCCUUGCUACACUCACCUCUGCAGGCAUUUUCAACCUCACAGGAGGGAAAUACAAUUCAACAUACCUAGGCAUCCCAUUUGUCAUGUUAGGUCAUGGCUUGUUUGGCACAUUUGAGAUGCUGUCGUCUUGGCGUCGGACCCGCGAGGACCAGCAUGUGAAGGAGAGGGUUGCUGCUGUGUUCUCUGACUGUAUGCUGCCAUUCACAGCAAGCACGGCCUUGCACGUGGUCACCUUUGGUAUAGGGGCCAGUCCAUUCACAAACAUUGAGGCUGUGCGUCUAUUUUGUCAAAACGCCUGCAUCUCAGUCCUCUUCAACUACCUCUACAUCCUCACCUUCUAUGGCUCCAACCUGGUGUUUGCUGGCUACCUGGAAAACAACUACCGUCACAGUCUAUUUUGUAGGCGUGUACCAAAGCCUGAGUUGCUGCAGCAGAAGCCGGCAUGGUACCGUUUUCUCAUGUAUACACAUUACAAUGAGGAGGCAACAGAAGCAGGAGCACUGCGUGCUUACGAGAGUCACCUGCUGGUAGCCUUUAUGAAGCGGUACUACUGUGACUGGAUCACCAACACCUAUGUCAAACCAUUUGUGGUUCUGUUCUACUUGGUAUAUGUUUCCUUUGCCCUCAUGGGCUAUCUACAGGUCAGUGAAGGGUCAGAUCUUAGCAAUGUGGUUGCCACUGAAACAAGCACUAUAGCAUACACCCGUGCACAACAGCGUUAUUUCAGCAGCUACAGCCCCGUGAUUGGCUUCUACAUCUAUGAGUCCAUUGAGUACUGGAACACAAGCGUGCAAGAGGACCUACUGGAAUACACCAAAGGAUUUGAACGCAUCUCCUGGUUUGAGAGUUAUCUCAACUACCUUCAUGGGCUGAACAUCACCACUAGCCUGUCACGCAGCAACUUCACCGAACGCUUGCGGUCUGGUUUUUUGCGCCAACCCCGAUAUGUGCAUUUCUCGGACGAUAUCAUCUUUGCCAAACGUGCGGAUGGAGAAUUUGAUGUGGUAGCCUCACGUAUGUUUCUAGUGGCCAAGACGACAGAAAACAAACGAGAGGAGAUGUCUAUCCUGCUGGACACACUAAGGAAGUUAUCGUUGACCUCCAGAGUGAAGUUCAUCAUCUUCAAUCCAUCCUUUGUGUAUAUGGACCGUUAUGCUUCAUCUGUUGGAGCACCCCUGAAAAACUCUUGCAUCGCUGCUCUCUUUCUGCUCUUCUUUUCCACUUUCUUGGCAGCUGACCCUCUGGUCAAUGCCUGGUUGACUGUGACAGUGGCCUCUGUUGAGUUCGGGCUGGUGGGGUUCAUGACCCUGUGGCGGGUAGAGUUGGACUGCGUCUCAGUACUGUGUCUGAUCUACGGCGUGAACUAUGCUGUAGACUCCAGUACUCCGCUGGUAUCUGCAUUCGCUCUAGGCCGGGAAUCCACCCGUACACGCUGGGUGAAACUGGCUCUGGAGCGACAUGGAGUUCCUGCCCUUCAGAGCUACUUGUGUUAUGGGGCUGCUCUGCUCCCUCUCGCGGCCGUGCCCUCAAACCUCACCCGCACACUUUUCAGGUGCCUCUUUCUCACCGCCAUCAUCACCGCCUUCCACUGUUUGGCCAUUCUCCCUGUCCUGCUUACCUUCUUGCCUCCCUCCAAGAAAAAACAGAGGGAGAGAAAGAAUGCUGAGGAAAACCGGGAGGAAAUUGAGUGCGUGGAGAUGGUGGACAGCACACGUGUGGUUGAUCAGAUUACCACUGUUUGACCACAUGCCCAAAAGAGAGGUAGUUCAGAGGAUGUACAAGACAGAAAAAAACAAAACACCCCCAGCGGGGUGGCAGAAGGAGACCUGAGUUAGCCUUUGAGCAGUUGGGCUUCCAGUUCCCAUACUUAAAAGUCUCUAGAUGGCUUUUAAGCACUUUAUGGGUGUUCUUUAGUAUGAGGCCACAUUUUAAACAAGGCUUUUGAUGGUAAAAGCAGAUGAGUUUGAAGUCUAGCCAUUAACAAUGGGUGUAUCGUUAUCAGGGUAAAAGCUCUAUGCAGGUUUUGCUGCAGCUCGAUGAGAGGGAGGAAGACCACAUUGCUGCACAGUUGCAGAUGAUCACAGAGGGGGGCUCCUCUGGUCUGCAGUAUUACAGCAGCAGUAGAGCGGAAACAGUAACAAGCAAUUGAUUUGACAAGGCGUAGAUAGAGACGUACAAUGUUUGUAAUGCUCCAAGAAUCAUACCAAGACUUUCACGGGGCACUUAACUACUGUAAAGACCAAGCAGCCAUAUUCUUAUCUGCUGAUAGCCAUGACUUUAAUGCGCCCCAAUGUUGUCUCAGAUUUCUUUUGAUCGGGUCCAUAUAUUUGUCUUUUGUUAUUUAUUGAUAUUAAAAAUACCUAGUACUGUAUGUGAAAAGUAUUUUCACUUACCAUGGUGAAAGUCACCUCCCCCACCAUGACCAAUGUCUCAGAGGCAUUUAUGGCUGAUCUUCCAUAAAAGAAUGUAUAAGAGAGAAAAAAAGAAUGGGCGGGUGAAAGAAAAGGACAGAAGGGGGUGGGGAUGCGUCUGAGAUACACAGAAGCAAGACUUUGCUGACAGGUUGGUAUGCUGUGCAGGGAUGCCAUGGUAACUCUGGUCACAGUUUAGUUGCAUAGUGUAUGUAUAAUUUCCUACCCACUGAGUUCAACAAGGGCAUUGGUUACCAAUUAAGUCGUACUGCAAUGGGGAGUAUAAUCUAUGAAGGAUUUAUCCCAGCUGCUUCUUGCUUAUUUUGUUUGCCUUUAAAAUGCUGAAAAUCACCUUGUCACAGAAAAUGCUCUUCAUCAAUAUGCAUGAGCCAGAGUCCCUUCAUUUUCACCCUCCUUUGCCCUCUGUGUAUAAGAGGCUUGAAAAAAAUAUAUACAGAGACCUAGGGCAGAAAAAGAGCAUAGGAAAGGUGCAUCUGGCCAAUCAAAUCCACUUACUUUUCAAAUUCUCUUCAGUCCCAAAAGCAAUUGAUAUCAAAUCAAUCAUGAGGUAAAAUACCUUCCCUUUAGCUCCGACUCUUACUGUUUUGUGCAGGGAUUAGUGCUUUAAGGCAGCUGGGGUGGGGGUUGGGGCAUACACUGUAGGUUUUUUUCCAAGUCCCCUUUCUAAAGCACACAUGUGGACUGUGAUAUUGAUAUUUAUGAUGACUGUGGCAUAAAAGAAAGGUUAUGUUGCAGCUUGUGAAAUAUUUCUGAGUGCAUAGCUGAUAAUCAUAUCAAGGACAAUAAAGGC